CAAGGCGCAAAGGCACUCGGGGGCCACUUCACCUGUGUGAUGACUUGACUGUGUGAUAUCCGACUUGGAGAAGCAGUUUGGAUGCUCAGCGCGCUGCAUUGUGCUCUGCUGCUACGCUGACAGAGAGUACGAGCUGAAAGUGCAGUUUAAAAAAAAAGAAAGAAAGAAAAAAACACUUCAGGUUUCUGUGGUGAAGUCCCGCGUCUCUCUGCAGCGGGGUGGUGGUGGUUCCGACGCACCGACUUGUUGUCCCAGCUGAGCUGUGAGGGGCCCUCGGCUGUUGUGUUGCGUGUCCGACCUACAAGUCAGCGACAGGACUUAAAAGCCCGCUGUAAGGAUGAUGUCCUACAUAAAGCAACCCCAUUACACCAUGAACGGGUUAAAUUUGCCUGGCCCCGGAAUGGAUGUGCUUCACACAACCGUCGCUUAUCCAUCCACACCCCGGAAGCAACGUAGGGAACGCACAACCUUCACGCGGACACAGCUGGACAUCCUGGAGGCGCUGUUCUCCAAGACCCGCUACCCAGACAUCUUCAUGAGGGAGGAGGUGGCCCUCAAGAUCAACCUGCCUGAGUCACGUGUGCAGGUUUGGUUUAAAAACCGUCGUGCCAAGUGCCGUCAGCAACAGCAGCAGAGCAGUGGCCAGUCCAAGCCCCGCCCUCCCAAAAAGAAGGCCUCUCCAGUGCAGGAGCCCAGCGCCCCUGAUCCUGUUCCUAACCCAUCUAGCUCCUACAGCCCAUCCUCUGCCCAGUCAGGCCCCAGCCUGGCGCCAAGCUCCAGCGCUGGAAACACUGCCGUGUCCAUCUGGAGCCCAGCCAUCUCGCCCCUGCCCGACCCCCUGGCCUCCUCCUCGGCCCCUUGCAUGCAGCGGCCCUCACCUUACCCCAUGAGCUACGGCCAGCCAUCAGCUUACACCCAAGGCUACGCCAGCACCACCUCCUACUUCACCGGCUUGGACUGCAGUGCCUACCUGUCCCCCAUGCACUCGCAGCUGUCAGGCACCGGGGGCGCUCUCAGCCCGAUCACUGUGCCCUCAAUGGGGGGCUCCUUAAGUCAGUCUCCAGCCUCACUGUCCUCACAGGGCUACAGCACAGCCUCCUCCCUGGGCUUCACCUCUGUUGACUGCCUGGACUACAAGGACCAGCAGGCCUGGAAACUGGGCUUCACCACAAUGGACUGCCUGGACCACAAAGACCAAAACUCCUGGAAGUUCCAGGUGCUCUAGAAAGUGAGAAAUUGUGGCGUUGAUGUGUGUCAACAUGUCGUGUGUCAGUGAGUCCCAUGUGAGGUAGUGUGAGGCGGUUCUGCCGGAGGACUUGUCGUCUUUGAUUCUCAGUUUCAUGUUUGUAAGAUUUUGUUUUAUUUUCUAAAGGUGACCUCUGUAGCAACGCAUUUUAUUUGAAAGACUUUGGGGAUGCGAGGACUGUGAGUGACAGUGACUGUCAUUAAUGCUGCCUGACUGCACAUCAUGUCUGUUGUCCUCUUCAUGCUACGUUAUCUAAGAGAACAAACGCCUUUAAAGAGCUUGUAGGAGAAGACUGGAGUCCUACGUCUGGAAACACACUGAGCCAUCUCUCCUUCUGACAUCAGCCACAUGAACACAACACUUGUUCAUUUUGUUUUAAACCUGCAUUACCAUAUAGUGAAAGGAGAACUGCUUUAAUUUGAAGGGGCUCUCAAGUCCUGUAGGUCACUCCUUCUUUCAGGGUUGAUUUAUUGUAAGCUAUUUAUUAUUAUUUUAUUCUACACUUAAAUAUGUAAUUUGGUUGCGUUUAGAUCUUUUUGAGCGUUUGUGUUGCGUAUUACAGUGUUAGCCCUUAGUGUUAUCAUUCUGAUCUGUUCAUGGAAAAAAUUAGAUCUUCUGUUUUAGUUGUGUGAUUUAUUAAAGUGAUUUAUUCUUUACACUGUCGUGUAGUGAUAAUCAUUGAGAUUCUGUGCUUUGAAAUGAAUUCUAGUUUGUGUUUGCGAGUUGAUAGCUGGUUCAUAGCAGUUACAAACUGACCCGCAGUGGAGAGGUCAGUGUGAAGACUGGACACAGUGGAUGUAAAGUGGCCAUGUUGUGGUCAUGUCUGGACCCGAGCCGUCAUGUUCGUCAUAUGGCCUGCAUGGCCCUCACUGGCCCAUCUUGGUUAUUUUAGCUUAUCUGAUUCUGGGAGUGUCCCAAUCCUCUUAGCCUCCCUUCAGCAAUGCCCUAAGUGAAUUAGUUAGGAUUAUUGCCCUAUCCCCCUCUGUCUCCCUCUGUCUCUCACCCAUCUCACCCACCUCGGCCUCUUCCUCCCCUACCUUUCCUGGCUCUCUCCUCGCUCUUCUCCUCCAUCUUUUCUAUCUUUGUCCAUCCAUCUUCCCUCACUCCGUCUCUCCAACUCUGCAGUAUCUCUUCUCUCUACCUCCUCAGGAUGUGAGGCCGUCGGCCCAGAAUAACACCCAUAACAUCUGAAUCACUGACAACAAUGAAGUUCAUUAAAGCCUUUUUACUACAGUUGUUUUCAUUAAUUGUUCAGUUUCUCAGAUAUGUUAUCAGCUCAGUGGUUCGCAUUUUUCCACCCCAGCCCCCCACCACUCCACCAAUCUCCCCAACUCCUCUGACUACUUGGUAAUCCUCACAUGACCUAAUUACUGCCACGCAAACUUAACUAUGACAUCAAAUAUGUGAAAAUAUUUCGCUGACGUGUGUGUGUUUUGUUUGUUGUGGGAGUUUGUGUGGAAGGACGAUCAGAUAGGAUUGAUUCUCAGUUACCAAACAAAUGCUGCCAACACAACAAAGACAU